AUGAAUAUAAUCCUUUAUAUUCUUCUGCUUAUUUAUUUUUUAAUAACGUUUAAAAUUAUUAAUACACAAGUUGUACCAUUCGAUUUUAUCGAUGAAAAAUUCCAUGUGAAUCAAACGAUAGAAUAUAUCAAGGGCAAUUGGUUUAAUUGGGAUCCCAAAAUUACCACACCGCCUGGGUUAUAUAUUAUGGGCUGGUUAAAUUGGAAAUUUUUCCAUUAUAUUUUCAAUUGGUCGACACGCUGUAUUUUAAGAAUGACAAAUCUUCUUGGUGGUGCAGUUAUAUUACCAUUAAUUGUAUUAAGACCAUUAUUUUUCCAUAAUGCCAUUGGGUUUUGGCCAAUAAACUUAAUGAUAUUUCCUUUGUUGAGCAUGUAUUACUACUUAUAUUAUACUGAUGUUUGGAGCAGUAUAUUAAUAUUAGAAUCAUUAACUUUAAUGCUUACAAGACCAGUUGGCAAAUAUAGUAUUUGGGCUAGUUCUAUAGUUGGUGGACUAAGUUGCUGCUUUAGACAAACUAAUAUUAUUUGGAACGCCUAUAUCAUGGUAGUUGGAUUGGAAAGAGAGACUAUGAUGAAAAAGGGAUUCAAUCAAUCACAUCUCAACAAUUAUAUCAAAGUGUUAAUCAAUUCCAUUGAAGAAUUUCCUAGAAUCGUUCUUCCAUUUUUCAUAAAUUUUGCUCUAUUUUUAAUAUUUAUAAUUUGGAAUGGUUCGAUUACAUUAGGUGAUAAAGCCAAUCAUGUUGCAGGACUACACCUUGUCCAAAUCUUUUAUUGCAUCAUGUUCAUUAUGAUAUUUAGCAUUCCAAUUUGGAUCUCAAGGAGAUUUUUAGAAAACUACCUAAUUAGAUGUUUACUAAAACCAUUUAGAACAUUUUUUGAAAUAAUCGGUAUUAUGCUGGUAAUCAGAUACUUUACAGUUAUUCAUCCAUUUUUAUUGGCGGACAAUAGACAUUAUACGUUUUAUUUAUUCAAACGUAUUAUAAAUAACCCAUACAAAAUUAUUAAAUAUGGAUUUAUGAGUGGUGUUUACCAUUUCUCAACUUUUGUGUAUUAUGAAGUCCUAAGACCAUGUGAAUUACUAUCAAGCUCAUUACAACCUUUAGUGGUUGAAGAUAUCAAAGAAAUGCCUUUACAGUUAACUCAUGUUUCAUGGAGUGCAUUGAUUUUAUGUACUUUAGCAACAGUAGUCCCAUCACCUUUAUUUGAGCCACGUUACUACAUUUUACCAUACUUAUUUUGGAGACUUGCAAUUACAUGUAGUGCCCAGCCUUUCAUAGACGAUAGCAUCUCUGAUGCCCCAAAAACUAGUGAUACAGGUGUAACUAUUGUAACAGGUACAAGACGUCUUUUCUACGAAUUCCUCUGGUUUGGUCUGAUUAACAUAUUCAUGCUUAUUGUCUUUAUCAAAAAGCCAUUUAUAUGGGAAACAGAAGAGAAUCCACAACACAUCAUGUGGUAG